AUGUCAACCUUGAGUAUUCCGCCAGUGUUAACAUCGCCUCGUGAUGAUGCCGUAAAGCUUUACAAAGCCUUUAAGGGUUUUGAAUGUGAUACUGCAACAUUGGUUCAUAUCCUUGCCCAUCGAGAUGCAACACAGCGCUCUCUCAUUGAACAAGAGUAUAGAGCUAUGUAUUCUGAAGAACUUAGCAAACGCUUAGCUUCAGAACUUAGUGGUGAUGUCAAGAGGGCUGUCUUGCUUUGGAUGCCUGAUCCAGCAACAAGGGAUGCUACUAUAGUUAGGAACGCUUUGAGUGGGGACAUAAUUGAUCUUAAAGGUGCUACUGAAGUAAUAUGUUCACGGACUCCAUCCCAGAUACAACAUUUUAAACAAAUUUACUAUGCAUGGUUUCAUGCUUAUCUGGAGCAUGAUAUUGAAAAUCAAGCAUCUGGCGAUCACCAAAAGUUGUUGCUUGCUUGCGUUAGUACAAUGCGCUAUGAAGGUCCACAAGUUGACAGGUUAACUGCUAUUUCUUCUGCUUAUCAUAGCAUGUACGGAAACUCGCUGGAAAAGGCAGUAAAAAGUGAAACCUCAGGACUCUUUGAGUUUGCCCUUUUAACUAUUUUAAGGUGUGCUGAAAACCAUGGGAAGUACUUUGCUAAGUUGAAUGAAUCUAGUGGAUGA